AAAUUGUGUUGAGGCAAGCUGGCUUUUGUGUCGGCCCUUAGGGGCUGAGGUGAAAGGCUUUGACACCGAGCCACGGUAGCUUUGGCAGCUUCUCCCCUCCUGGUCAGAACACUUCCACUUUCAGUUGUGAAAAAAAAAAAAUUAAAACCAGGAAGUGAAGUCCCUGAGCACGUUAGAAAGCCUGACAUGGCCUGACUCGGGACCGCUCAGAGCAGGGCAGAACUGGGGACGCUCUGGGCCGGCCUUCUGCUUGCAUGGAUGCUCUGAAGCCACCCUGUCUCUGGAGGAACCGGGAGCGAGGGAAGAAGGACAGAGACUUGUGUGGCAGGAAGAACUCAGAGCCAGGAAGCCCCGGUUCACUAGAAGCACUGAGAGAUGCGGCCCCCUCGCAGGGUCUGAAUUUCCUGCUGCUAUUCACAAAGAUGCUUUUUAUCUUUAACUUUUUGUUUUCCCCACUUCCGACCCCGGCAUUGAUCUGCAUCCUGACAUUUGGAGCUGCCAUCUUCUUGUGGCUGAUCACCAGACCUCAACCCGUCUUACCUCUUCUUGACCUGAACAAUCAGUCUGUGGGAAUUGAGGGAGGAGCGCGGAAGGGUGUUUCCCAGAAGAACAAUGACCUAAUAAGUUACUACUUCUCAGAUGCCAAGACUAUGUAUGAGGUUUUCCAAAGAGGACUCGCUGUGUCUGACAAUGGGCCCUGCUUGGGAUAUAGAAAACCAAACCAACCCUACAGAUGGCUAUCUUACAAACAGGUGUCUGAUAGAGCAGAGUACCUGGGUUCCUGUCUCUUGCAUAAAGGAUAUAAACCAUCAUCAGACCAGUUUGUCGGCAUCUUUGCUCAGAAUAGGCCAGAGUGGAUCAUCUCCGAACUGGCUUGUUAUACGUACUCCAUGGUAGCCGUACCUCUGUAUGACACCUUGGGACCAGAAGCCAUCGUACAUAUUGUCAACAAGGCUGAUAUCGCCAUGGUGAUCUGUGACACACCCCAAAAGGCAUCGGUGCUGAUAGGGAAUGUAGAGAAAGGCUUCACCCCAAGCCUGAAGGUGGUCAUCCUUAUGGACCCCUUUGAGGAUGACCUGAAGCAAAGAGGGGAGAAGAAUGGAAUUGAGAUCUUAUCCCUAUAUGAUGCUGAGAACCUAGGCAAAGAGCACUUCAGAAAACCUGUGCCUCCUAGCCCAGAAGACGUGAGCGUCAUCUGCUUCACCAGUGGGACCACAGGUGACCCCAAAGGAGCCAUGAUAACCCAUCAAAAUAUUGUUUCAAAUGCUGCUGCCUUUCUCAAAUGUAUGGAGCAUACUUAUGAGCCCACUCCCGAUGAUGUGGCCAUAUCCUACCUCCCUCUGGCUCAUAUGUUUGAGAGGAUUGUACAGGCUGUUGUGUACAGCUGUGGAGCCAGAAUUGGAUUCUUCCAAGGGGAUAUUCGGUUGCUGGCUGAUGACAUGAAGACUUUGAAGCCCACAUUGUUUCCCACGGUGCCUCGACUCCUUAACAGGAUCUACGAUAAGGUACAGAAUGAAGCCAAGACACCCUUGAAGAAGUUCUUGUUGAAGUUGGCUGUUUCCAGUAAAUUCAAAGAGCUUCAAAAGGGUAUCAUCAGGCGUGACAGUUUCUGGGACAAGCUCAUCUUUGCAAAGAUCCAGGACAGCCUGGGUGGAAGGGUUCGUGUAAUCGUCACUGGAGCUGCCCCCAUCUCCUCUCCAGUCAUGACAUUCUUCCGGGCAGCAAUGGGAUGUCAGGUGUAUGAAGCUUAUGGUCAAACAGAAUGCACAGGUGGCUGUACAUUUACAUUACCUGGGGACUGGACAUCAGGUCACGUUGGGGUGCCCCUGGCUUGCAAUUACGUGAAGCUGGAAGAUGUGGCUGACAUGAACUACUUUUCAGCAAAUAAUGAAGGAGAGAUCUGCAUCAAGGGUACAAACGUGUUCAAAGGAUACCUGAAGGACCCUGAGAAGACACAGGAAGCCCUGGACAGUGAUGGCUGGCUUCACACAGGAGACAUUGGUCGCUGGCUCCCGAAUGGAACUCUGAAGAUCAUCGACCGUAAAAAGAACAUUUUCAAGCUGGCCCAAGGAGAAUACAUUGCGCCAGAGAAGAUAGAAAAUAUCUACAGCAGGAGUAAAGCAGUGUUACAAAUUUUUGUACAUGGGGAGAGCUUACGGUCAUCCUUAGUAGGAGUGGUGGUUCCUGACACAGAUGUACUUCCCUCAUUUGCAGCCAAGCUUGGGGUGAAGGGCUCCUUUGAGGAACUGUGCCAAAACCAAGUUGUAAGGGAAGCCAUCUUAGAAGACUUGCAGAAAAUUGGGAAAGAAAGUGGCCUUAAAACCUUUGAACAGGUCAAAGCCAUUUUUCUUCAUCCAGAGCCAUUUUCCAUUGAAAAUGGGCUCUUGACACCAACAUUGAAAGCAAAGCGGGGAGAGCUUUCCAAAUACUUUCGGACCCAAAUUGACAGCCUGUAUGAGCACAUCCAGGAUUAGGAUAAGGUGCUUAAAUACCUGCCUGCCCACUCUGCACUGCUUGUGAGAAAAUGGAUUAAAAACUAUUCUUACAUUUGUUUUGCCUUUCCUCCUAUUUUUUUUAACCUACUAAACUCUAAAGCCAUAGCUUUUGUUUUAUAUUGAGAGGCAUAUAAUGUGUAAACUUAGUUCCCAGAUAAAUCAAUCCUGUCUUUCCCAUCUUCGAUGUUGCUAAUAUUAAGGCUUUAGGGCUACUUUUAUCAACAUGCCUGUCUUCAAGAUCCCAGUUUAUGUUCUGUGUCCUUCCUCAUGAUUUCCAACCUUAAUACUGUAAGUGACCACAAGUUCAAGGGUCAAGGGGACCCUCUGUGCCUUCUUCCUUGUUGUUUUGUGAUAAACAUAACUUGCCAACAGUCUCAAUGCUUAUUUACAUCUUCUACUGCUCAAACUAAGAGAUUUUUAAAUUCUGAAAAACUGCUUAUAAUUCAUGUUUUCUAGCCACUCCACAAACCAUUAAAAUUUUAGUUUUAGCUUAUCACUCAUGUCAAUCAUAUCUAUGAUACAAAUUUCUCCGACGCUCUUCUGCGUAAAUUAAAUUGUGUACUGAAGGGAAAAGUUUGAUAACACCAAACAUUUCCUAAACUCUCUAGUUAGAUCUCUGACUUGGGAGUAUUAAAAAUUGGGUCUAUGACAUAUUGUCCAAAAGGAAUGCUGUUCUUAAAGCAUCAUUUACAGUAGCAACUGGGGAGUAAAUCUGUUCCCUAUAGUUUGCUGCUAAGCUGGAAGCUGUGGGGGAAGGAGCUGACAGGUGGGCCCAGUGAACUUUUCCAGUAAAUGAAGCAAGUACUGAAUAAAAACCUCCUGAACUGGUAACAAAGAUCUACAGGCAAGGAAGAUGCCCACACAACAGGCUUAUUUUCUGUGAAGGAACCAACUGAUCUCCCCCACCCUCGGAUUACAGUUCCUGCUCUACCUUACCCACAGAUAACACAUGUUGUUUCUACUUGUAAAUGUAAAGUCUUUAAAAUAAACUAUUACAGAUACUUA